GAGGGAUCCGCCAGUCUGAGCGCUGCAGUUACUCGGAGAAGGUCGCAGGGAAAUCGCUCCUGAGUCGGACUAAUGGUUGCCAGCGGGGUAGAACAGUAGCCCCCCAGUCGCUGCCUAUGGAUAGGGCUGUACAGAGCUGGAAUUAGGGUGCACUUACCCCACCCCAGGAUCCCAUCUGCUAUUGGGGUGCCCAUGCCCACAGGAAGCUGGCAGUAGGGUGCCCAUGUCCCCGGAUCUAUGGAGAGCCCGGCUGUGAGCCCUGCCCUGUGCCCAGGGAUGCCCGGCGGGAUGCGCAGAGGUUGGAUUUGGCUACAGCUGCGGAAGGAGUAGGUCCCUGGGUGGGGGUGCUGCUGGAUGAUGCCCCUAUGGAUGCCAACCCCGUGCCCCCCGUGAGAAGAAGGAUCGUUCUGCCCCUGUGCACCAUGCUCUUCCUCUGCCUCUACAUGUUCUACUCCUGCGCCGGCCCCUGCGCUUCCCUCCCCGGCUCCGCACCCUCCGCUCCCUCCGCGCAGCCCGGGCUCCUCUCCCAAGUGCUGCUCCGCGCCGAGCCCCGGGCCCCCGGGGAGGACACGUCCAUUUCCAGCUUCUACAGCGGCUCCGGAACCAAGAAACUGCCCCAGGCCAUUAUCAUUGGGGUAAAGAAAGGGGGUACCAGAGCCCUGCUGGAGUUCCUCAGGGUCCAUCCUGACAUCAGGGCUGUGGGGGCCGAACCCCACUUUUUCGACCGGAACUAUGACAAGGGCCUGGACUGGUACAGGGAUCUGAUGCCCAGGACCUUGGAUGGUCAGAUCACCAUGGAGAAGACCCCCAGCUACUUUGUAACCAAGGAGGCCCCGGCGCGUAUCUCGGCCAUGUCUAAAGAUGCCAAGCUGAUCGUGGUGGUGAGGGACCCCGUGACUAGAGUCAUAUCCGACUAUACACAGACGCUGUCCAAACGGCCGGACAUCCCUACUUUUGAGAGCCUGACCUUCAAAAACAGGACUACGGGCCUCAUUGACAUAUCAUGGAGCGCCAUCCAGAUCGGCAUCUACGCCAAGCACUUGGAGAACUGGCUCCAGUAUUUCCCUAUGAGCCAGAUCCUUUUUGUGAGCGGGGAGCGGCUCAUAACGGAUCCGGCCGGGGAACUGGGCCGGGUCCAGGAUUUCUUGGGUCUAAAGAGGAUCAUCACCGACAAACACUUUUACUUCAACAAGACGAAAGGCUUCCCGUGCCUGAAAAAGGCCGAGGGGAGCAGCAAACCCCACUGUCUGGGCAAAACCAAGGGCAGAACUCACCCCGACAUCCACCCCAAAGUGGUGCAGAGACUGCGGGAAUUCUACCGGCCCUUUAACAUGAAGUUCUACCAAAUGACCGGACAGGACUUUGGUUGGGACUAAGGCGCAGUGUUAUGUGAAGUAAACGCGGCUCCAACGCCCCCGGCCCUGUAAAAAUGUACAGAGAUCUAUUUUAUUAUAAUUUAUUUUUAAUUCCUAAGCAAUUAAUUCACUAAGCUGCCUAACCGUACGGUCGUUUGCUUAUAAAGUCCUGACAUUCCUGCCCCUUCCGCCCGGGGGGGGGGGUUUGUUUUGCCGGGGCCCCCGACCCAUUUAUGCAUUCACUAAUGGUGCUCUUGUCAUAGUCAUUACAUGGAACAGAAGAAAAGCACAAUGUUACUUUGGUAUUUAUGUUUACGGGUACUGAAAUAUUCCUCAUUGUGGGUUUCACUUCAUGUUGAACUGGGCAUUGCGUGGCGAUAUUGCCCCUGGGGGGGGCAGUUGUUAGAACUGUAGGGCAGCCCCCUGUCUAUGGUGGUUCCAUCCAGGCCAAGAGAUACAUUAUAGUCGCGGGGAAUGGACAUGCCGGCUAAUCCCUUGGCACUCUGAAGAAGCUGCUGGUGAAAGGUUGUCGAGAUUACUGAGCCAGUCCCGUUGCUAGGGCGCCCCACUACUAGAUACAGCUCGAUAUACAGUGUAACUUGUAUGGAUGGAGAAUUUCUCUUGUUACAUUUACAGCCGUAUAGACUCAAUCUUUGAUAUAUAAACAGUAUAACCAACGUAUACGUGGGGCACGUGGGGAGAGGUUACUGGGGGGGGGGGGGCAACACGGGUCACUUCCCAUUGAGAUAAGAACAUACCCUCGGCAGCCCCCAAACUUGUACUAAAGCAUUUUGGGUAAGAGCGCCCAGGCCAAUAGCCAACUUGGGGCAUUCCUUGAGGUCUUAAUGGGGUUUGAGUUAACUUUUAGUAGGAUGUAGGGAGUAAUAUUCUGAGAAAAAUUGCAAUUGGUCUUCAUUUUUUACUAUAUGUAGUUUUUUAGUUAUUUUACAUUUUGUUCAGCAGCUCUGCAGUUUGGAGUUUCAGUUAUCUGGUUGCUAGGGUCCAAAAUACCUUAGCAACCGGGGAGUGGUGUGAAAGAGACAUUGGUAUAUGAAGGAGGAGAGGGGCUGAACAGAAAGAUAACAAUAACAAUAAAACUGGAGCGAUAGAUUUUUGGCUGCCGGGGUCAGUGACCCCCAUUAUAAAACUGCAAGAUGAAGGCGAAUAAUUAAAAAAACAUAUAAAAUAAAUAAUGAAGACCAAUUGCAAAGUUGCAUUGAACUGGCUGCUCUGUAACAGAAAGAGUUAACUUAAAGGUGAACCCGCCCCUUUAUCUCUAGAAUUGUGAAAACUUUCCAACAAAAAAAAUCCCUAAAAAGCAUCUAAAUGGCUUUAUAUUAAAACCCCCCAAUUUUGGCCCCCCAGCCCUGUAUUAUCUGGUUGCUACAGUCCAUAUUACCUUAGCAACCUGGGAGUGGUUUGAAAGAGACAUUGUUAUAUGAAUAGGGGAAAGUACAGCCUCACAGAGCAGUAGUUUUUUGGCUGCCGGGGUCAGUGACCCCCAUUAUAAAACUGCAAAAAGAAGGCGAAUAAUUACAAAAACAUACAAAUAAAAUAACGAAGACCAACUGAAAAGUUGCGUAGAAUUGGCCGUUCUAUAACAUAGAGAGUUAACUUAAAGGUGAACCACCCCUUUAUCUCUAGAACUUUCAAAAGAAAAAAAAUCCCUAAAAAACAUCUAAAUGGCUUUAUAUUAUAUUAAAACCCCCAAUUUUGCCCCCCCCAGGCCUGUAUCCUUAUAGAGCCAUUCUCUCUCAUUCAUAAACGCUUCCCAUUCGGCGCUGCCAUAUGGAUCCACCUCCUUCAUUACUACAAUAGUAUAUAUAUUUUAUUUUUUUAACUUAAAAACAACCUACCUUUUUAAUAAUCCCAUAAUAUUGAGCCUGUUUGAUUGGCUGAUGGGUUGGUUGCUAUCAGCUUUGGGUAAGGGGGCAGUAAGUCCCACUGGGUGACUGUAUAGGAUCAUGUGACCGCCCCAUGUGACUGCCGCUCAGUCCAUCCCGCCGUUGGCACAUAUGUGUGUAUAUAUAUAUAUUUACACAGCAGAGAGAGCCGAAUCCUGGGGGUGUAAUUAAACCUUCCCAUAAGCCCCACACCGAGUCCCCCCGGGUCCAUCCGCUCGUCUUCAUGGGAACAAAGUGACUUAUGGUUCAAUGUCAACAAAAUGUGAAAAUGAAAUUAUGGGGACGCAGGUACUGUAGCAGCUGCCUUGCCAGCCCCCCAUAAACUUGUUCCCAACUGUACCCAACAAUACAAUUAAUAAAGGGAACUCUCCUUAACGUGCCGAUCCCAUUUCCUCGUUGCCUCAUCGUAUUCCGUGUAACUCCUCGCCCCAUCGCUGCGCUCUAUAAUUAACUCAUUACAGACCGGCCCUAAACAUGAUGAAUUGACUUCAUUCCGGCGACUGCGCCUCCUUCUUCUCACAAAAUGGCUCCCAGUGAGGCUCAGAAUAGCCAUAAAUCCGGGGGCGCCAGUCUAUUAGAUUGUCAGGGCCCCCCUAUAAUAACCAAGACUAAGUGGUUUAAUCAAACGCCCAAGGAGGGACUUGUCCUACUGCUGCUAAAGAGAAAACCCCAAUGGCUAUGCAGAAAUCUGAUAAGUAUUUAGGAUACAGGUCUUGGGACGUUUCUCCGGCCCCAGAGCCGAUAAAUCCAUGGCCGACUAUUCGGCCGCGGCCAACGCCGGGUCGGCCCAAGACGGCCGUAAGUCACCGCGUCCCGGAGUCGGGAUCCGAGCUUCCAUGGCUGAGUUUUAUUCAGCCCGGGUAACUGAAAUCCUUAUUCUAUUUUAUUUUCUCUCUCUGUAUCCUAAUAGCUUAGAAUAGCAAAUUGAUAUAUAUAUGAAAUAUAUAUGUAUAUGAAAGAAAAUUUACAAAAAAAAAAAUAAUAAUAAAUAUAAAGAAGACGAGCGAAGCAGAAAGAAAUGUACAUUGUAAAUGCUGUAUUUUGUGCUACGGACAAUGCAGAUUUAAUUUUACACCGGAAAGAUGUUUGGGGGUUUUUUUUUAAAAAAAGAAAGAAAAGAAAAUAUUGCAUCCCGAGAAUUCACUUUGUAUGAGGAAAUAAAAGUAUAUUUUAUCAAGA